UUAAUUAUUUUUUGUGGGUUAUUUUUAAUUUUGUGGAAAUGGAAAAGUGACAAGUGAGGAGGCAAGAAGAGAAUGCGGGUUGCGAAUUGCUCCAUUUCGUGGUCGUUUGGGUCAGCCGUCACUGCCGCUUUCCCCUCUUUCCCUUCUUCUAGAUUCCCUCCGCUCCUCCCUUUCUCACUCCCUUCUUCCAACCCUCCGUCCACCGUCCUCCGCCGUUCCACUUCUUCCGCUAGACGAGUGACCGGAAUGGCUCUGAAAAACGCUAAAGAUGAACAAGACCCGCGCUUGGAGAGAAUCUCCUCUGCAAUCCGAGUCAUCCCUGAUUUUCCCAAGCCAGGAAUUUUGUUUCAGGACAUAACCACGCUGCUUCUUGAUCCCAAGGCUUUCAAAGACACCAUCGAUCUUUUUGUUGAGAGGUACAGAGAUCAAAAUAUCAAUGUUGUCGCAGGUGUUGAAGCAAGAGGCUUUAUAUUUGGUCCACCCAUUGCAUUAGCUAUUGGAGCAAAAUUUGUCCCCAUGAGGAAACCCAAUAAAUUGCCAGGGGAGGUUAUAUCAGAAGAGUAUUCUUUGGAGUAUGGAAAAGACAAAAUGGAGAUGCAUGUAGGGGCUGUACAACCUGGAGAACGGGCCUUAGUCAUAGAUGAUCUUAUUGCCACUGGGGGAACGUUAGAUGCUGCAAUUAAGCUACUAGAACGUGUUGGGGUUCAUGUUGUGGAGUGUGCUUGUCUGAUUGAAUUACCAGAGCUGAAGGGGCGAGAUAGGCUGGGAAACAAGCCGCUAUUUGUCUUAGUGAAAGUAUGAUCUUUUUCCUGGUGAUUGUGUUUAGUUAUGACCAUUUGAUCUGGCUCUUAUUAGGAGCUUUAUUGAUGACUGCUUAGAUUUUCUUAAGAUAUAUUUUGAUGGGAUAUGCAGCAGAAUCCUUUGUUGUUUCUGCGAGUAGUUCUGCUCUAUUAUUAUUAUUAUCAUUAUUUAUUAUUAUUAUUAUUAUUACUAUUAUUAUCAUCA